AUGGAGGAAGUCCAAACAAGUUUUGACAAAAUCCUGACUUUGACAGCAGAGAAAGCUAAUCCGUUGGUGAUUGAAGAGGAAGAUGAUGUUGUAGCUCAAGAUAUCCUUGAGAGAAGUUUAGUGGCAAAGAUCUACUCACCAAAACCAGUUCACAAGAAGUCUUUUAAGCAUAGAAUGUUGGAGAUUUGGGAUCCAGUGGGUGAAGUCAAUAUUAAAGACCUCCCAGAGGAGCCUGAUGGUACUGUGGCACCCUCUAAGAUGAAUUUAAAAUUUUCUGAUUUCUGGGUUCAAAUCCGGAAUGUUCCCCUCUUAAAAAUGACUGAGAAGCUUGCUAGGUCAAUUGGAGAUAGAACUGGUACAUGGAUAGACAUUUCUCGAUGUGAAGGGGUCAGGGAUUGGUCUUGCUUCACAGAUAGGCAAUCUAGUUGGCAAAGAGCCAAAGGGUGUGCAGACCAAAACAGGGUUCAAAUUGGUGAGAAAAUGAGUGGGGAACUAGUUAUGGAAGGGGAAGCUUCAAAGCACAAGAAAGUUGAUGAGGGUAAAAACAAUGAGAUUACCCUGUAUGAAUCUGUGGUGUGCCCGGAGAUGAUGGCCCACCAUGAGAAAUGA